GUUUGACAAGAAGACUGGCUCAUUCGGUGUGGAGACUGUCACACACAACAGGAUCGUGCAGUUGGUGAAGAUUCAGAGAGGCCUUACCAAGCUGAAAAUGGUCAUAGACAGUCAUCACAAUCCACCGAGAGAACUUUUGUUUGAAAGCAUGAAGAAACGAAAUGCUUUCUGUCGGCUGCUGCAGCUUAUGAAAGCUGCUCACUCCCAGCAGUCUGAGCUUGAUGUCAUCUCUGUGUUUGUGGGCACCUGGAAUAUGGGGGGCACUCCACCACCCGGUUCACUUCAGUCCUGGGUUACUUGCUGUGGUCUGGGCCUCUCCCCAGACGAGUCCAUCGCCUCCCUGCCUCAUGAUAUCUAUGCAGUGGGCACUCAGGACAACCCGCAGGGCGAGAGAGAAUGGGCUGAACACAUCAGAGCCACGCUUCGGAGUGCAACCAACAUUGACUUCAAACAGGUGGCAUUACAGUCCCUUUGGAAUAUCAGACUGGCUGUGUUUGUGAAACCAGAGCAUGAAGGAUGCAUCAGUCAAGUAAACACAGCUAGUGUUAAAACUGGCCUGGGGAACACACUCGGAAAUAAGGGAGCAGUAGGAGUUUCUCUUCUCUUUAAUGGCACCUCAAUGGGCUUUGUGAACUGCCAUCUGACUUCUGGUAGUGAUAAAGCACUCAGGUAUUCACACAUAUCUUUAAAAUAGAGCAGUGGAUUUCAAACGUCAUGACGUACCAACAGUACAAAUUGCAGACCACAU